GAAGCGCGGGGAAGGGAAGGCAAGGGGCGCCCGGGCGAGGCGGGGAGGGGGGCAGGAUGGGCCGCCCCAGGGCUACGCUGCCCCGCCCGAGGUGCCUUUCUCCUCCUCCUCCUCCCGCCCGAGGAGAACAACGGGGCGCUGGGUGGCGCGCCUGCUUCGAGCCCGACCUGUGGAGUCUUGUCCUGGCGCCCCCCUGGAAAUAUGGAGGGUCUGGGCGCGCCUCUGCUGGGAGGAGGAAAAGCUGGGGCGCGCGGGGGAGAGACACGUUUCUUCCCCGGAAUUUGAACCCGGGGCAAGUUGUUCCCCAGAUUGUUUUUUUCAACCUGAGAAGCCACGCCUCUGAGCAUGUGCAAAAUGCCUAUAUCGCGACUGGGUUAAAGAAGCGGGGGGGGGGCUCACACAGCUCUCAUUAGUUGGGAGGAAGCCUCGAUCCCAGCAGAUCCCCACAUGGUGGCUCUGUCUGUGCGCCCUUUGCUGCUGCUUGCUUGUGAAUUGAGGGCUACCCCCACCCCCGUAUAUUUCUCAAGGUUUUCUGCCUUGGGAGUUACGUCUUAGACUUAAGCUAGCCAGAGGUGUGUAUGGAUUAUUCAUGGUGUGGCGGGAAAGUGGAUGGAGAGGAGUUUCCUAAUCCUCUCUGAGUAUAGGAAGCUGGGUGGUGGGAGAUUCAGGACAGAGAGGAAGCGCUUUUUGAAAGCGCAGGUAGUUAAAACUGGAAUUGGUUACAGGUAGAUGUGGUGAUGGCCACCAACCUGGAUGGCUUUAAAAGGGGGACUAAAGGAACAAUACAAAAAAAAAUAUCCUUCCAGUAGCACCUUAGAGACCAACUAAGUUUGUCAUAGGUAUGAGCUUUUGUGUGCAUGCACACUUCUUCAGAUACAAAGGAACAAUAGAUAGUGGAUAGGGCCGCCAAUGGCUUCUAACAUGACUAUCUAUUGCCUCCAUUGUCAGAGGCAAUGCUCACUUGCUGGAGAAUUAGAGCCCUGGGGAAAGGGCUAUCACAAUGCACUCAUGUCCUGCUUGUGGACAUCCUAUAAGCAUAUGGCUGGCCCCUGUAGGGGCAAAAUGGUGGACUUGAUGGGCCUUUGGUCUGAUGACGCCACAAUAAUGGGUUUUAUUACAGGCGGCGAUGAAUCUGCGUACAGGGGGGAGGUUCAAAAGGUAUCCACAUGGUGCUCAGAGAACAAUCUGCAUCUAAACAUUGGCAAGACAAAGGAGAUGGUGUUGGACUUUCAGAGGAAGAAAGGGGAGCUAGCCCUGUUGUAUAUUGGGGGGGGGGGGCUGUGAAGACCUAACUUGGAAGGUCAAUACAGCCCAGGUUGUUAGGAAGGCCCAACAGAGACUUCCUUUCCUUAGGCUCUUGAGAAAGAACAAGGUUGGACAGCAACUGAUGAUUUCCUUCUAUCGGUCCACGAUAGAAAGUGUUCACUCAUACUGCAUUACGGUGUGUUAUGCUUGUUUGACAGCCAUGGACAGAGUACCUGUGGUGAAGACAGUUCUCGUGAGCUGUCCCCUGAAUCGUGGGAGACCCUUGCCUCAAGAAACAUCCUCAGGGAUGACUCACAACCUAGCCAGCACCUUUUAAAUCUCCUCCCUCAGGCAGGAGAUAUAGAAGCAUGAUAAGCCACACCAACAGGUUUAAAUAACAGUUUUUACCCAUGGGCCGUGAGGCUUGUGAAUGGAAGACAGCAACAUGUUCGGGGUUGGUGGUUUUAGGACAGUAUCCAGAGUGAAACAAGGACUGAGAGAUUGCGGGAGGGGGAUGUGGGGCUUGUUUCAUCUCACUGUAAACAAGUGGUACAGUGACAAAGUAUGUAUGUAUGUAUGUAUGUAUGUAUGUAUGUAUGUAUGUACUGUAUGUAUAUAUUUAUUAUUUAUCCAGCACAGCUCUUCUUCUGUUCCUAUAUGCGAUGUGAUGUUUGCCUCUGUAGAAUUUCUCUGGAUUUAUUCCUAUGGAGGCAGACACCCUAUGGAGAGUAUCACACCCAAACUGUAUUCCUUCAAUUAGUAAUUUUUUUAAAUGAGGAUCUUAAACCACUUUUAGAUAUAUUAAGAAGCUUCAUUAUGCCAAGCCAGAACAUUGGUCCAUCUUGCUCAGCAUCAUUCACACUGUGGAUCUCCAGGACUUCAGACAUUCCCAGCCCUACCUGAAGAUGCCAGGGAUUGAACCAGGCACCUUCUGCAUGCACAGCAAAUGCUCUACCACUGAAUUACAAUCCUUAUUUUUUUGUAUUAAGUGGUAUAUAAUCUUUCCAAGUAAACAAGUAAAAUUCAUGGAUUGGUUUUAGGAGCCAGAAAAAAAGUCAAAUAUAAGAAACUUGCCAUACUAAACACUGAAAAUUUCUGAGUGUGCUCCAUUGAAGUGAAUCGGAGCCAUGCAAGAAUGUGGAUACAAUCUAUUUCAGAGAAAUAGACCAAACAGGAAAGGAGGAGGAGUAGCGUUAUAUGUCAGGGAUGUGUAUACCUGUGAAGAGAUCCAGGAUUUAAAACUUCAAAGCCGAGUUGAGUGUAUCUGGGUCAAAAUUAAGGGAGAGAAAAAUAACAGUGAUCUCAUUGUGGGAGUUUACUAUAGAUCCCCAAGCCAAACUGAGGACACAGAUGAUGCCUUCCUGGAACUGAUGGCCAAGCAUUCAAAAGGAAGUGAGAUGGGGGAUUUCAACUAUCCUGAUAUUUGUUGGAUGUCAAACUCAGCCAAGAGCAUAAGGUCGAACAGAUUCCUCACUGGCCUUGCAGACAAUUUCAUUGUCCAGAAAGUGGGAGAAGCAACAAGAGGAUCAGCCAUUUUAGAUCGGGUCCUAACCAAUAGUGAUGACCUGGUUAGUGGGGUAGAAGUGGCAGGAUCAUUAGGUGGGAGUGACCAUGCUCUUCUGGAGUUUAUUAUACAGCGGAAAGGAGCAACCAAGCAUACUAAGACUCAAAUCCUAGACUUUAAGAAAACUGACUUCAGAAAACUUAGAGAAACGCUGGGUAAAAUCCCAUGGACAGUAAUACUAAAAGGGAAGGGAGUUCAUGAUGGUUGGGAGUUUGUUAAAAGGGAGAUAUUAAAAGCACAACUUCAGGCAAUACCAAUGAGACGGAAACAUGGAAGGUGCCUAAAGAAGCCAGGGUGGCUAUCUAAAGAACUUUUAACUGAGUUAAGAUUUAAAAGGGAUAUGUACCAAAAAUGGAAAAAGGGGGAAAUCACCAGAGAGGGAUUCAAACAAAUAGCCAGCGUGUGUAGAGACAAAGUCAGAAAAGCUAAAGCACAGAAUGAACUCAGGCUUGCUAGAGAGGUUAAAAGCAACAAAAAGGGCUUUGAUGGGUAUGUCCGUAGCAAAAGGAAGAACAAGGAAGCAGUGGGGUCACUUAGGGGAGAAGAUGGUGAAAUGCGAACAGGGGACAGAGAAAGGGCAGAACUCCUCAAUACCUUCUUUGCCUCAGUCUUCUCCAAAAAAGAAAACAAUGCCUGACCUGAAGAAUAUGGAGCAGAUGUUUCAGCAGGGGAAACACAGCCCAGAAUAAGUAAGGAGGUAAUACAAGAAUACUUGGCUAAUUUAGAUGUAUUCAAGUCUCCAGGGCCAGAUGAAUUAUAUCCAAGAGUAUUAAAAGAACUGGCAGAGGUGAUUUCAGAACCACUGGCAAUAAUCUUUGAGAAUUCCUGGAGAACAGGCGAAGUCCCAGCAGACUGGAGGAGGGCAAAUGUUGUCCCUAUUUUCAAAAAGGGGAAAAGAGAGGACCCAAACAAUUACCGCCCAGUCAGCCUGACAUCAAUACCAGGAAAGAUUCUAGAGCAGAUCAUUAAGCAAACGGUCUGUGAGCACCUAGAAAGGAAUGCUGUGAUCACUAAAAGUCAGCAUGGGUUUCUGAAAAAUAAGUCAUGUCAGACUAAUCUGAUCUUAUUUUUUGACAGAAUUACAAGCCUGGUAGAUGAAGGGAAUGCUGUGGAUAUAGCCUAUCUUGAUUUCAGCAAGGCCUUUGACAAGGUGCCCCAUGAUAUUCUUGUAAAGAAGCUGGUAAAAUGCGGGCUAGACAAUGCUACCAUUCAGUGGAUUUGUAACUGGAUGCAGCAGCUAAAAAUGCCAAUGCAAUUAUGGGCUGCAUCAAUAGGAGUAUAGCAUCUAGAUCAAGGGAAGUAAUAGCACCACUGUAUUCUGCUCUGGUCAGACCUCACCUGGAGUACUAUGUCCAGUUCUGGGCACCACAGUUCAAGAAGGAUACUGACAAGCUGGAACGUGUCCAGAGGAGGGCAACCAAAAUGGUCAAAGGCCUGGAAACGAUGCCUUAUGAGGAAAGGCUUAGGGAGCUGGGUAUGUUUAGCCUGGAGAAGAGAAGGUUAAGGGGUGAUAUGAUAGCCAUGUUCAAAUAUAUAAAAGGAUGUCAUAUAGAGGAGGGUGAAAGGUUGUUUUCUGUUGCUCCAGAGAGGCGGACAUGGAGCAAUGGAUUCAAACUACAAGAAAGAAGAUUCCACCUAAACAUUAGGAAGAACUUCCUGACAGUAAGAGCUGUUCGGCAGUGGAAUUUGCUGCCAAGAAGUGUGGUGGAGUCUCCUUCUUUGGAGGUCUUUAAGCAGAGGCUUGACAGCCAUAUGUCAAGAAUGCUUUGAUGGUGUUUCUUGCUUGGCAGGGGGUUGGACUGGAUGGCCCUUGUGGUCUCUUCCAACUCUAUGAUUCUAUGUGACUAUUCAUCUCAGUGGAGUUUGUGCAGGGAAAAACUUUCAAUGGUAUUUGCACUUUGUAGGUAUUGUGAUCACUGCCAUCCAUCCAUGCAUUCUGUUGCUGCAUCUUGGGCAUCUCUUGGAAGCCAGUGAAAAUGCACAUCCCAACGCCUACCUGCUGGACCCUUUUUCCAUUUCCUGCCACGUCCCCAUUGAGUUCUUUGUGGGUAAUUUUUGUCUGUGGCUAAGGAAGGAUGUUAAACCUGUAAUUAGAGGGCACCAAGAGAAUUAAAUGUCUUAUUCAGUGUGAGUUUCAAAAAUAACUAUGCUUUCCUUUCUUUUUUUAGAAAUGUGGAUUUGUGCAUUGACUUGAGUGCAUGCAGUAACUUAUUCCUGGCAACUGAACAUGCUGCUGUCUGAUUCUCUCAAUAAUUCCUUUCUAUUUCCCCCAAAAGCAGGGUUAUCUGACUAUACUACCGGUAUAUAGAAAGAGUCAGAGUGUAAUUGCUAAUGCUCUUUUAAUUGACUAUUCAGAUUGUUGCUUUGCAGUAUGAGGUUUGCAGAGCUGAUUCAAAUACUCAGGGGGAAAAUUGUGACACAGGAAACAGAAGUGGGGGGGACCGCACAUUUUUAUACACUCCUGCGUUGAACGCUUAUGAAAAACUAACAUGUUAGAUGUUAUGGAAGAACUGGGAGUGAAACAUACUAAGUGUACUUUUGUACGCUUGAAACGCUGAGCAUUUUCACAUUAGGCACCUCUGUGACCAUAUGAAGCUGCCUUAUUCAGAACAUUGGGCCAUCUACCCCAAUCAGGGGUGUCAUCUUGAAUAAAAUAUUGCGGGGGCCCAGGUAAGCCCCACAUAAUCGAUCACAUAACGCAGUGCAGACACACCAAUUGAAUGGGAAUGUCCAUCAACUUUGCAGGGACCUGGCCCCCUAAAAUAUUUUAUUGUGGGGGCCGAAGCCCCCACGGCCCCUAGGAAUUGGCUCUAUGAGCCCCGAUGCUGUCUAUUCUGACUGGCUGCAGCUCUCUCAUUGUAGUAAGGCAGAAGUAUUUCUCCUUAACUGGAGGUGCCAGGGGUUGGUGAGGCUUUCUAUGUACCAGUUGUGUGCUCGGUCACUGAACUAAGGCCCCUCCAAUAAUUUGCCCAUAGUCGCUUUUCCUUAAAUCUAAAGCAAAUGGAAAGCCUGUAUCGGCAGGAAUGCACUUGUUGUUUCUUUUAAAAUUUUAUCCUAUGGUAACAACUAUUGCUAUAGGGAACAAGUAGUACUAGAGUGCCUCAAAUAUAUUUCUGCAUGUUUCAUGGAAACAGUAUCUGUAUGGAAUCUAUAAACUCUGUCUCUCUUGUGGAGUGCUGUUUUCAAAAUUGUGCUGGUAGCUACAAUGAGACUAGGAUUAACAAAGUAAAUGUCAGCAAUGAUAUUUACAAGAGAGAGAUACAGAAUUGAUUCCUCAAUCCUGAAAAAUGGUCUCUCCCCAGACUGUUGUCCCAGACUGCUGUCUUAAAUUAACUUAAUAUAGAUUUCUUAUCCCUUAACAUACCCGUUAGAGUUAUUACUUGUUACAGGUAGGUAGCCGUGUUGGUCUGACGUAGUUGAAACAAAAAAAAAAAUAAAUUCCUUCCAGUAGCACCUUAGAGACCAACUAAGUUUGUCAUAGGUAUGAGCUUUUGUGUGCAUGCACACUUCUUCAGAUAUUACUUGUUUGUUACAUUUAUAUCCCAACUCUCCUCCAAGGAAUUAAGGGUGCCACACAUUGUUCUUCCCCAUCCCAUUUCAAUCUCACAACAACUCUGGCCCAAGGUCCUCCAGUGAGCCUCAUGAAUGGAGAUAUAAACCCUGAUCUCCCGGGUCCUUGUCCAAACGACUGGACUCAGUGGUCUAAACCUUUUUUUUAAUUAGGCUUGCUGAUUGGAAGAUCAGUGGUUUGAAUCCGUGCGACGGGGUGAGCUCCCGUUGCUCUGUCCCAGCUUCAGCCAGCCUAGCAGUUGGAAGGCACACCAGUGCAAGUAGAUAAAUAGGUACCUCUGCAGCAGAAAGGUAAACGGCUUUUCCGUGCACUCUGGUUUCCAUCAUGGUGUUCUUUUGCACCAGUAGUGGUUUAGUCAUGCUGGCCACAUGACCUGGAAAGCUGUCUGUGGACAAAAGCUGGCUCCCUUGGCCUGAAGCGAGAUGAGCACUGCACCCCAUAGUCACCUUUGACUGGACUUAACUGUCCAGGGGUCCUUUACCUUUUUUUAAUUUUUUUUUUACCGUCCAACCACCAAACUGACUUACUAGUAAGUCACAAUUUUCCUGCUGAUUUCAGACACUGACUUCUACCCAGCUUUUUUAUUUACUUCCAUAACAGUUCCUAGAGAAAGAAGAAAGCUUAUUUUUCUUGCACCCCAAUGUUCAUUUGUCCUGUUUUUCUACUGAGGAGAAAGAAAACCCUUGAUUAUUGAAGCUAAAGUGCUUAUUGGGCGGAAAAACCUCUCCAGUGCUUUGGGAAAUAUUCAUUAGGGGCUCUGUCUGUAACAGUCUGUUGUGUUUAGUCUGUGGCAGUAAUUUUGUUCAGUAGAGGAGUAAUCUAAGAUCUAUCCCAAGUCAGAUGACUCUGCCUUAGAUCUAGAUAUAGGGUGGAAUUCAAUGGAGGCAUUGCAUGCAUGGAUUGAGGUCUGCUCAUGCAGUGGAAUUUCCCUCCUUUCCUAUUCCCUUUCCUAUGCCCCCUAAAUCUUCUCUGGAGGGUUGGGGGGGGGGAAUCCCAGAACAGAUUUAGGGGGUGUGCAGGGGGAAGUGUCCCACUGUGUAAGUAAACCUUGUUUCCUUUAUUAGUGCUACUACUGCCCCACACUUGAGAUUAAAAAAAGUUUUCAAAGCAGCUUUCAAUUUGAGAAAAUUAAAAACACACACAGAAGUUAUGCUGCUAUUCCCAACACAAAAUACAGCUGCAAAGAGAUGGGUUUUUUUUAAUUAAAAAAAAAUCAAGGAAAGGUUCUGGCAAGAGCAAGUCAGUGUGGUUGGAGAAAAUGUCAGCCACAAAUCUAUGUAACUGAGGCUCAAACUACACAUAAUGGUGGCAGACCAAUCAGUUUAAACCAGGGGCUCUCCUCAUGGCACAGAAAGGAGGGGGUGAAAACCUAAUUUAUAGAGCAAAAAGGAGUGUGCAGGUGGGGGUGUAGGCCAGACAGGACGGAGAGCCUAUGAUCCUCCAGUUGUUGUUGGACUCAACUCCCAUCAACUCCAACCAUAUCUAGCUGUCAGGAAUGAUGGGUAUUGUAGCCCAGCAAGAUCUGGAGGGUUGGUCUCCAGUGAUAGCCUCUUCCUUUAAAAAUCAAAGCAGCCAUGGAAGGCUGUGAUCAAGAGUAGAAGAGUCUCUUUAACCAUGGCCAAUUUACUGUUCAAAAUUACUCUCUUGACUGCUUUUUCAUCUGUGAUACCUAUAUUUUUUUCCUUUCUUGGGUAGAAAAGCAGCUUUGGCAGCAGGAGCUUCCUUACUGAUACGGUAAAAAGGCCAGAGGAGGAAGCAGCUCCCCACCCUCUUCUCUUGCGAAACACACCACCCCUAUCACCAGUACACAAAAGCAGGAGUCUUAAGUGGGUUCAGUGUAAUCUUUCAUUAGAACUGUAUUUUUUCUAAAGCAAACAUUCUUCUUCUAUUCAUAUCCCACUGUCUUUUCCUUGCCAAAUAACUAUUUGAAAUACUGCAUAGAAGUUAUAGAUUUGAUUCCCCCCCCCUGCCAUAUAUAUUUAAAAGCUGGUUAAAAGAACUCAGCCCCUGGAAUUAUAUGUACAAUGCAGUGCCAUUUUUUGGGGUUUCCUGUUUUUAACAAAAAUUGCUUUUAUUAAAAGAUUUUCUUGGAUAACAAAAGUACAUACAGCAUAUCUGUUUCCAAUUCAUAGAGUCCUUUCUGCAGACCGGUUGUCUGGGUUUUCUGUUUUGUUUUGUUUUGAUAUUGGUUUAUUUCCCCCCUCAUUAUCUGUAGCAACACCCUCCCCCCCAAAAAGGGGGGGGAAAGAAUUGAAAGAGAAGGAAAAACCAGAACAAAAACUUGGAAGUCUUGAAAAACAGAUGCUUUAUGUUGUCCAAAACUAUCUGGAAGAUAAGUCAUUAAAUGUUAGGGAUGCAGUUGGCGCUGUGGGUUAAACCACAGAGCCUAGGGCUUGCUGAUCAGAAGGUCGGCGGUUCGAAUCCCUGCAACGGGGUGAGCUCCCGUUGCUCGGUCUCAGCUCCUGCCAACCUAGCAGUUCGAAAGCACGUCAAAGUGCAAGUACCGCUACAGCUGGAAGGUAAACGGUGUUUCCGUGUGCUGCUCUGGUUCGCCAGAAGCGGCUUUGUCAUGCUGGCCACAUGACCUGGAAGCUGUACGCUGGCUCCCUCAACCAAUAACGCAAGAUGAGCGCCACAACCCCAGAGUCGGUCAUGACUCGACCUAAUGGUCAGGGGUCCCUUUACCUUUACCUUUUAGUCAUUAAAUGAUGUCUGUGUUCUUGCAGCUGAGCUGCUCCUUUUCACCUUCUUAGAGGAUCAAGGAUGUAUUCACUUGCUGUUGGUGUGUGUGUGGGGAGGAAGAGAGGGAGUUGGUGGCUUCAGAGGUAAAUGCUUUAAUUGAGGAUAAUCAGAUGAAGAUGUAUAUCAGACAAGUAUUCAUCAAAGGGAGACAAGAUAAUCCCAUGGUGGAGACAGUAGGAGAAAUGAAUCUACUUACGGUAACAAGUGUGGAUUCUUUUGUAGCUAGCUAAAUGUGAAAGGCUGAAUGAAAAAUUCCUGGUGGGGGGAAGCUGGGAGAAUGAAGCCUGGGAACCCUUAAAGGUAGGGAAAUCCUGACAGCAAGGGAGGAAAAAUAAAGCAGGGGCGGGGAGGCAUGGAAGAAGGCAGAUAUCUGUCGGUAGAGCAUGAAACUUUUUAUCUCAGUGUUGUGGUUCAAGUCCCACAUCGGGCAAGAGAUCCCUGCAUUGCAGGGAGGUGGACUAGAUGACCCUUUUGAUCCCUCCCAACUCUACCAGUCUAUGCUUCUAAGGGGGAGACUGAGCAGAAAUAUGACAUUUGAGAUCAUGGCUCAUGACAGAAGCCUUGUUACAAACUCCACUAACCCAGAAGUAGUACCUUGGGUUGCGAACUUUGCCCCAGGAUGAGAAUGGAAAUCGCGUGCUGGCGGUGCGGUGGCAAUGGGAGGCCCCAUUAGCAAAAGCGUGCCUCAGGUUAAGAACAAUUUUGGGUUAAGAACGGACCUCCGGAAUGAAGUUCGUAACCCAAGGUACCACUGUAUUAGGUUUAAUGUGAGUUUCUUGCAUCCAAUUGUGCAUCUUGGUGGUGCUGUCCAUGGUACCAUCUGUGGUACCAUUUUAAUGACCAGGUACAGUACUGUGAGGUAUUGCUUAAGAGGCAACAUGGCACAACUUCCAUAUUGAGAUUCCUACUCCCACCCCCACAUUAUGUGCACUUGUGAUCUGCAAGCUGUAGAAGCAGAUUUUUUUUUUAAUCAAGUUGAUUGGAUCUGUCUUAGCCUUUGGGUGGUUGGUGAAGACCUUUUUAUUCUGAAAAUCCUCUGAGUGGAUCUGGCUAGAUGGUUCGGUUAAAGAUGUCCAUACCUAUGCUUAUCUUUCUAUAGACAUUUGUUUCUGUCUUGGAUCUGUGUUGCUUUGUUGUUGUUGUUUAGUCGUUUAGUUGUGUCCGACUCUUCAUGACCCCAUGGACCAGAGCACGCCAGGCACUCCUGUCUUCCACUGCCUCCCACAGUUUGGUCAGACUCAUGUUGGUAGCUUCGAGAACACUGUCCAACCAUCUCGUCCUCUGUCGUCUCCUUCUCCUUGUGCCCUCCACUUUUCCCAACAUCAGGGUCUUUUCCAGGGAGUCUUCUCUUCUCAUGAGGUGGCCAAAGUAUUGGAGCCUCAGCUUCACGACCUGUCCUUCCAGUGAGCACUCAGGGCUGAUUUCCUUCAGAAUGGAUAGGUUUGAUCUUCUAGCAGUCCAUGGGACUCUCAAGAGUCUCCUCUGUGUUGCUUAUGACCCCGAUAAUACUAGCAGAGUGGUUGUUCCUUUUUUCCAGUUUUGCAUAAGGAAGAGAUGUUUUUACUGCACUAAAGGAGUUGGUGCCAGAAACGUUAAUUAUUCAAGCUCUGUUACAAGAAUGCUUUUCCCAUGCUUGGCAAUAUCUCUGCACAAAAUGCUAAAGAGUGAUUAAACUCAGUAAAUCGACUACCUAGCCAAAAACAAGUCUGUUGUACGAGCAUCUCUAAGAUCAUAUUGAAAUACUGAAAUAUUGAAAUAGAUUCAGAUUUCUGGCCGGAAGACACUGAAUAAAUUCCUUUCUGAUGUCCAAAUCUCCCUACAGAUGGAUAGCUUAUGUGUUAAAAGGCUAUGCUUGUAUUAGCUUGCUUUUCUACCUCUCCAUCCUGUCACCGCAGAGCUAUUCCUACUGCAUACCUCAAACCCUAUAGAAGAAGUAAUAUGAGAGUGUUAAUGGUGGCUAUGCACACCCUUUUCUCUUUUCUGGGCUUCCAGUGCCAGGGGAAAGAGUGAUGCUGUGGUCUGCAGAGAGAGUGAGAAAGGGAGGUGCAGCUGUUCCUCCUGCAAAAAAAAAAAAAAAGCACAUAUAUUGCCUAUCCUGUCUGCUAGUCCUGGCUCAGUGAGUGAGCACAGCAAAUAUGGACCCUUGAUGAGAUUGUCUUUCCUGAGACCCAGUAUAUUUCCAUUUAUGUUUUUUGGAUCAUGUGGCUAUGACCUUUAGGUAUCUGUCAGCCCUGUAGUUCUGUGGUCUCGUGGCUGUUUUUCAACUUUUUAACCCACAAAGCCAUGCAACUUCUAGCUACUGUUUCUUAGUCGGUCUGUAUUGUGGGUGGUACAGUGGGGACUGUCAGAGAAAGGGCCUUUUCAGCAAUGGCAUCCCAAAUGUGAAACAUCUUCAAAUCUCGCCUAGGCAUCUAGGUCAUGUUUGUCUAUUUUGUUUUAUUUUUUCCAGGCAUUUUGAGAUUACCGGUACUUAAAGAUUUUUGGUAUUUUUGACUCUGUUGUUUUCAUAUAUGUUUUGCUGUACCUGGUUUUAUGUAAUGGUUUGAUUUUGUAAUGCAGGUUUCUUUCUGUUUAUCUUCUAGGGUUCUUUUUAAAAAUGAUUUUAACAUUUAUUGUUGACUAAGAGGGUAGUGCUAAUUGGGUGACUUAGGGUGAAGGGCACGUAAUAAAAUAAUGACAAUGACAACAAUAACAACCGUAAUAAUAGUAAUGCAAAAUAUGUUCAUAAAUAAUAAAUGCAGUUUCCAUGGACUGGGGGACACCAAGCAAAUCCCAGGUAAAAGGAAGUCACUGCAUUUAUUAGAAUGUAUAUAUAUUUUAUUGAUUCAUUACAAAGAGAAAAGGGCAAACAUAACAAAAAGGAAGCAAACAAAGAAAAGUACAAAGACAGAAGUCACUGUAUGGGAACAGUAUUUAUUAGGUAAUCAUCAGAUCAUUACUUUUGAGAUUUGCCUUAAUCUUGUAUUUACUGCCAGAGAUUACAAACACAUUUCUAGAUUCUGUGGAGUGGUGAGAAUACAUUUUCUCUGUAAGCGAAUUGCUUGCAUGUUGGGGAAGGGCUGCUUUUAGAAUUGCAGAUGUUGAAGGGGCUAACAUUUGUCAAAAAAUAUAGUGCUGUGUAGUGGUUAGUGUUUUGGACUAGGGCUGGUUCAGAUCUCCACUUGGGCAUGAAGCUCACUGUGUGAUGUUGAAACUUAACCUGUCUCACAGGAUUCAUAGAAUCAUAGAAUCAUAGAGUUGGAAGAGACCACAAGGGCCAUCCAGUCCAACCCCCUGCCAAGCAGGAAAUACCAUCAAAGCAUUCUUGACAUAUGCCUGUCAAGCCUCUGCUUAAAGACCUCCAAAGAAGGAGACUCCACCACACUCCUUGGUAGCAAAUUCCACUGCCGAACAGCUCUUAUUGUCAGGAAGUUCUUCCUAAUGUUUAGGUGGAAUCUUCUUUCUUGAGAUUGUUGUGAGAAUAGAGUGGUGGUGGUGGUAAGAAUCAUGCGCAUCAUCUGCAGCUACUUGGUGAAAGGACAAAAUAUGAUAAGUAAAUAAAAUAGCUUGUGUACGACAGAUGGUUAUCACAGUUUCUUCAGAAGUUCAGCAUAGUUUGAAAACAAAAUGUAUUAAAAUAACUUAUGGUUUAAGUGCAGGUCAUUAUGAUGGCAUUGAAAUAAGCUUGAAUUGGAUGGAUUUGCCGAUUUGCCCCAUCAUUGCCUAAAAGUACUAGAUAAUUUCCUAACUGCUAAAAUACGAGCAGACCCUGCAUGCUCUAUGCACCUAGUGUAUCGGUACAGUUUCCUAAAAGAUUUGAGAGCUUGUGGCAGUUGCUAUGGCCCAAAGGUCACAGGCAGAAUGGCAGAAGGGUGGGAUUCCUGAAUAAGGAGCUGGACCUGGCUGGAUAAGGCAGGUUUCAUGAAUCAAAGCCCCGCUGUGUAUAUAGAGCAGGGCAUGCAUCAUUUCCAUCCAUUCCAAGGCGGCUGAUCAUGUUCCAUAUGUGGAGAUUACAUUUGGAAGAGAAGGGGACUUGGAGCGUGAGUAUGAACUCCCAAAACAUGAUACUCUAGGUGGCAAUAUAAAACCACGGCAGCUGCCCAGUCUACAUGUCUCAAAGAGCGGAGGAGUUUCAGUUUCCUGUUCCCCUGCUGCCCUGACUCAUGGCCAGGUCUGAUGUAAUAUGAUCUAUGUGUGUCUGAUUUUUCUCGCCUGCGACAGGCUUUAUAUAUGCAUGCUCAUCUACAUUUCCAAGAAGGAAGGACAUGCAUGUGACUUCAGCACCUGCCCCCUCAUCUAUUUACAGUAUUUUAAAAGCAGAAUGGCUACAUGUGCACCAUGUUAUCUCCCGCUUGGACUACUGCAGUGCGCUCUACGUGGGGCUACCUUUGAAGGUGACCCGGAAACUGCAAUUAAUCCAGAAUGUGGCAGCUAGACUGGUGACUGGGAGUGGCCGCUGAGACCACAUAACACCGGUCCUAAGAGACCUACAUUGGCUCCCAGUACGUUUCCGAGCACAAUUCAAAGUGUUGGUGCUGACCUUUAAAGCCCUAAACGGCCUCGGUCCUGUAUACCUGAAGGAGUGUCUCCACCCCCAUCGUUUAGCCCGGACACUGAGAUCCAGCGCUGAGGGCCUUCUGGCAGUUCCCUCACUGCGAGAAGCAAAGCUACAGGGAACCAGGCAGAGGGCCUUCUCGGUAGUGGCACCCGCCCUGUGGGACGCCCUCCCAUCGGAGGUCAAGGAGAUAAACAACUACCUGACAUUUAGAAAACACCUAAAGGCAGCCCUGUUUAGGGAAGUUUUUAAUCUGUGAUAUUUUAAUGUAUUUUGGUAUUUGCUGGAAGCCGCCCAGAGUGGCGGGGGAAACCCAGCCAGAUGGGUGGGGUAUAAAUAAAUAAAUAAAUAAAUAAAUAAAUAAAUAAAUAAUAAUAAUAAUAAUGUUGUCUGGACAACAGGAAAAAUAGUUUUGUUCUACAUUUUGUUUAACUGCAGAUAAGGGGUGACAAUGAGUUAAUACAGCCCAUGAAAAGAAUAAAAGAAGAGCCUGCUGGAUCAGGCCAUAGCCCUAUCUAGUCUACAGCACUCUUCCCCCCCCCCACUUGCAAUGCUCAGCAACUGGUAUGCCAAGGCACACUCCUUCUGAUAUCCAUAAUGGCUAGUGAGCGUUGCCAUAGACUUGUCUGCAUGAAUUUGUCUUAUCUCCUUUUAAAACCAUCCAGAUUGGUGGCCAUCCCAACACCUUUCAACAGUGUGCCAUUUAACUAUGUGCUGUGUCUAUCCUUCCAACAUUUGGAUUUAUUGGAUGGUCCCAGUGAUUUGUUACUUCUCUUGCUCAGGACAUGUAUCUACAUAGGGAAUUGGAGGCUGUCUGGUAAAUUGUUUUUGCUUCUGAGGGAAAAGGAGAAGGGAAUUGAAGUAGGAACUGAAAACUUGAAGAGGGCGAAAGUGUGCCAAAAGCUUCUUACAUAUCCCUAUUGGGAGAACUUUACUCUAGAACAACAAACGUGUUACCUGGAGGCCAGGAGCUCAUUGCAUUGAGCACCCACAACGUCUGUCCAGCAGGCAGGCAGUCAUACUUCUGACAUUCUGUACAAUACACUGAAUAGCCCUGACACUGAUAUUAUGUUUUUUUAAUGCUAAUUUGCUUUGGAGUUUGGGAUUUGUUACAGAGAGAAUAGCAUAUUGGAGAGCAUAGCCUGCCUGGGUCUCUUUGCCCAGCUUCCCACCUCACUUGUCACUUUGAAGCUUUGCCAUUGGGCCCAAGAUGCUUCAUCAGAUGGGGCUCCCCUGCAGUAUGGAAUAAAUAAAUAUUACCUUUACCUGGUUUACAAAGGAGAGGAGUUCAUGUGAGGUUUUGCAUUUACAGGGUACCUCGGUUUAUGAACACAAUUGGUUCCGGAUGUCUGUUCAUAAACUGAAGCGUUCAUAAACUGAAGCGAACUUUCCCAUUGAAAGUAAUGGAAAGUGAAUUAAUCCGUUCCAGAUGAGUCCGUGGCAUUUGUAAACCGAAAAUUCAUAAACCGAGGUGUUCAUAAACCGAGGUUCCACUGUAUUGCAAAGGACACUACUAGCAUUAGGACUCUUGAUGAUAACUUGAUAGGCGAUACAGUGUUGCUUUGAUUGGAUUAGAAACUGGAUGAAGAUUAAGCAUUAGCUAUUUUAGGAGUUCCAGUUGAUGUAUAGAGGGUGUUGAUACUCCCUUGUCCAUUUAAAAUAGAGGGCUUCAGUGGAAACUUUCAAGUGCAUUUUUAUCUUGGUUUGCUAUAUCUUUACUAGCUCCCUUCAGAGGAAACAAAACUUUUUUGUCUAAAGUACCUUGUGGUAGCUAUUAUGUUGCACACCACUUCUAUUUACAGUGGAACCUCGGUUUAUGAACACCUCGGUUUAUGAAUUUUCGGUUUAUGAACACCGCGGACCCAUCUGGAACGGAUUAAUUCAUUUUCCAUUACUUUCAAUGGGAAAGUUCGCUUCAGUUUAUGAACGCUUCAGUUUAUGAACGGACUUCCGGAACCAAUUACACCCAUGCUUCAGUUUAUGAACGCUUCAGUUUAAGUACUCCGUGGACCCGUCUGGAACGGAUUAAUCCACUUUCCAUUACUUUCAAUGGGAAAGUUCGCUUCAGUUUAUGAACGCUUCAGUUUAAGUACUCCGCGGACUGUCUGGAAUGGAUUAAUCCACUUUCCAUUACUUUCAAUGGAAAAGUUCGCUUCAGUUUAUGAACACUUCAGUUUAUGAACAGACUUCCGGAACCAAUUGUGUUCAUAAACCGAGGUACCACUGUAUGGGAAUUCUUUAGCCACAGAGAAUUCGAAAAUGUUGCUGUCUCACUUAGUGUGACCCAGCUGUUCUUUCUUUGGUAGGGAAUUUACUGUGAAAUAGCCUGCUUUAGUCACUUUUUUUUAAAAAAAAUGAAGGCAUCUGCACAGUGAACAAAACACCCCUAUCUCAUGUUCUCUCUGUUCAGUUUUUGGUUGGUUUCCCUCCCUGGGAUGACCUGCUGGGUGGCUAUUUUGGCCAGUUAUGGCCUGCACAGAUUGCCCUAGUCAUUUUCUUCUCUGUCGGCUCUUCCACCUCUCUAGGAAUAAAACACCUCUAGGAAUAAACACUAUCACAUUAACCCUCCAUUUCCAUAGUGGAGAGGCAAUCAAAUGAUUGGGAGUGCAGUGAAAGGGGAGUAUUUAACCCUUCCCUCACACAUAAUGGCCCCAAUGAAAAUGGGCCCACUCCAACAUUUCGGCUGUGGAAAAGCAGAGUGUCCCCUUGGCUGAAGAGUGUUAGAAGUUUGGAAACAGAUUUGCUGUUCUGCUUCGAGCAGCAGUGUUUUGAGUGCUGCUAAAUUGUCCACCUCUGGAAGCAAUCACAGAGAAAGAACAGAGAAUUGUGAUAUGGAAUUGUGAUUCAACUUUUCUAUUUGUAUGCAUUCAUGCAGGAAAUUUAUACUGCAUUUAGAGGAAGGUGUGCAGUAUAUCCUGAUAUCCUGGUUCUUGUAAAAGUGGAUAUUGAGCAGGGAAUAGCUAGAUUAUAAAGACUGCAUCUUGUAUUAUUGGAUUGCAUUCUAGUGUGCUCCUUAGGCUGUAUUCCAGUGGUGAAAGAAAAUAGAUUUUUUUUUCUCCUGGUAUGAAUGCUAGCAGUGAUAAAGUUGUGCUGUUGUAUGGCAUCACUGCCAUUUAUUUUAAGCAUGUGGGUAGGGAAGCAGACAUGCUGCAGUUGAC